UCGAUUUUUGCCGUAAUUCUGAGGGAGCAGCAUAUCAAUAAAAUGGCACAAAUAGCACUUUCAAAUGAUAAAAGAACUGGGCGACAGUCUAGUCACGACGAAGAGAGUCUGCACAAACUAGCAGAAGAAAUGCAUUGUAAAAAGUCUGUGAGUUUGAUGAUUAAGAAUAGCUCUGAUCGAACAUUAUGUGAACCUAAAGUUUAUACAGCCAGUGGGAAGAUAUACAAAAAUCUUCCUAACAAAAUUAACCCUGGGGAAGAAGUUACGCUUGGAUUUCAUAAAACUAAGAUUCCUUUCCGAGGUGCAGAAGGAGUUGUUGUCUAUGAUAUAAGAGGAACAGAAGACCAUUUGUGUAUUUUUUACUGCGUUCCUUACGUUGGAUUCAAUGGUUUUGGGCUGAAAUGGAAGACAUGUCGGGAAAUUUCUGCAGAUGAAAAUCUUUGCAAUGAAAUGGCAAAGAAACAGUGGGAAAUCAAGAAUGCCUUAAGUUGGCAUGAUGCGAAAGAAGAUAACAUUAAGCUUUUAGCUUCUGGUUUUAUGAAUCAAGCUGACAAAGCACACAUGGUCGUAGAAAUUUCAAAUAGAAAUACUGAAUAG